AUGAAAGAAGUCUCGCAAGUGUGGACCGUACGCUUAUCGAUUGAGCCGAAAAGGAAACAGUUAAAGUUGGAAAGCAAAUCUCCCCCAAUGACGAGCACUGGCUCACUUCAGACGCCUGGAGGCUAUUGCUUCACCGUUGAACCGUACUCACAUCAACGACAAUUCAAAUUCCUCGAUAUCGAUUCCAAAGGGAAACUGACAGAAGCCUCGCUCCUGAAAUGGCUCAGUACAAUGCGGAAGGAAUAUGGUAAAACAUGGAAGAACGAAGAUAUCGACAACACCACCGCCGUGAAGUACUACAUAAGAUACUUCGACAUAAAUGGAGAUGGUGAAAUCGAUGAGGAGGAAUUCGUGAAGGUGAUGAGCAGAGAUGAAGCUGCUAUGGAGCAAGACGAAAUCGAAGGAGAAAGGCCGAAAAAGGGAUCCUGGGCUCGCCUGGAUCCUUGA